CUGCCUCUUUGUGUCUCUUCAUCCACCCGUCUGCAUAUCUCUCUCUCACACCCCCCCCCCUUUCUCCACUUGUUGCAGACCAACAGCAGAUUGAAGCAGAUCGAGAAGGAAUACAGUCAGAAGCUGGCCAAGUCUGCCCAGCUAAUUGCAGAGCUACAGACAUCUGUGUGUGAGUCUAAGGAGGAGAAUGUUCGCCUACAGCAGGCCAAGGAGAAGCAGCUGAAGGAGGCCAACGCUCGCUGGGAUGAGGAGAGACGGACGAUCACCCAGCACGCUGACCAGGCCUGCAAGGUCUGUAGCUUUCAAACCUUUUGCAAAGGAAAGUUAUGGCCGGAGAUUGUCUGUGUUCUA